AUGGAUGAUAUUCUUACUCGUGCUGGUAUGACGGAUUGCAAGUCUCUAUCCACACCAGCAGCAGUGACGAAGUCUGCGACACCGACUACAGAUCCCUACGAGAACCCGACUCAAUAUCGUCGGUUGGCAGGGGCACUACAGUAUCUCACUAUCACUCGUCCGGAUCUCUCUUAUGCAGUUAACAGACUCUGCCAGUUCAUGCACACUCCUACUGAUGAACAUUGGGCCAUGCUAAAGCGUGUUCUUCAUUAUGUGAAGGGUACUAUCACACAUGGCUUACGGCUUUCUGUGUCAUCUUCCUCUGAUGUGCAUGCUUAUUCAGACUCUGACUGGGCUGGUUGUCCGAUGGACAGGAAAUCAACCAGCGGCUAUGCUGUGUUCCUUGGGUCUAAUCUGGUUUCUUGGGUUUCUCGCAAGCAGCGGACCGCGGCCAGGUCAUCUACUGAGGCAGAGUACAAGGGUCUUGCUGACGUGGCUGCAGAGGUCACCUGGGUUAUGUCGCUACUUGGUGAGCUUGGACUACAGUCACGGAAUCCCGCCACAUUGUGGUGCGACAACCUUGGGGCAACUUACAUGUGUGCCAAUCCCGUGUUCCACGCCAGGACUAAGCAUGUCGAGAUUGACUAUCAUUUCAUCCGCGAUAAGGUGUCUACAGGGGAGUUCUUGGUCAAUUUUGUCUCUACGAAGGACCAACUUGCUGACAUCUUCACCAAGCCACUAGCUUCUGCUCGUUUCAGCUCUUUAAGGGACAAGCUCAAUGUUGUGUCUCCACCACCUUCAGCUUGA